UGUCGUGCGUCACGGCGCUGCCUGAAACAGGUGGAAUCCGGAAGUGAGAUGCUUCUUGUCCCAAAGAUGGUGUUUAUCUCAGCGUACUGCCAGAUCAAGACAAAAAAAUGAGUGAUGAACACAUACUGUCACAGCGACAAGAUGAAAUAUCUGGUAUUUGAAUGCCUGGUUACUGCUGAUAAUUAAUAAAUUGCCUCUGAAGUGGAACAGGAUGGAUAACAGCAGAGCCGACGGAGGCUCCUACACGGAUAAUCUCAUUGGGACUUUACUUGCUAUUUUUGGAAAUGUGCUUGUCAGCAUCUCCUUAAGUAUUCAGAAAUACAGCCAUUUGACGUUAGCAGGAACCAAGGACCCGCGUGCCUUUUAUCGCACUAAAACCUGGUGGUGCGGUUUUGUACUGACCUGUCUUGGGGAGGGAGCCAACUUUGUUUCUUAUGCCUUUGCCCCUCUUGCUCUCGUAGCACCUCUAAAUGCUGUGUCUGUCCUUACAAGCUCAAUUUUGGGCCUUAUUUUUCUGCGUGAUAAAUCGAAGCCAAAGGACUUUGCAAAGCGCUAUGGACUGUCCUUCCUGGGCUGUAUCAUAACCAUAGGCGGAACGUACCUCUUUGUAGCAUUUGGACCAAACUCUCAUGAAAAACUCAAAGCAGAGAACAUUGUGAAGCACAUGGUUGGAUGGCCUGUUCUCUUGUAUCUGCUCUUGGAGAUCAUCACGUUCUGCCUGCUUUUAUACUUCUACAAACAGCACUGUGCUAACUACCUCGUUAUUAUUCUGCUGCUGGUUGCUCUACUGGGCUCUGUCACAGUCAUUACAGUGAAGGCGGUGUCAGGCAUGUUGGUUCUCACCAUCGAGGGCACCAUGCAGCUUCAGUACCCGAUAUUCAGUGUCAUGUUCGUGUGCAUGGUGGCUUCAGUGGUCUUCCAGGCCAGAUUUCUCUCCCAAGCUUGUAAGCUGUAUGACUCCUCUCUGAUUGCCAGCGUCAACUACAUCCUCUCCACCUUCUUUGCAGUGGUAGCUGGAGCUGUGUUUUACUUGGAGUUUAAGAAUGAAGAUGUCCUUCACAUCUGCAUGUUUUUGUUGGGAUCUGCAUUCUGUUUCCUGGGGGUCUUUCUCAUCACCAAAAACAGGAAAAAGACCAAGACAUUUGAGCCGUAUGUCACUAUGGAUAUGGCUAAUGGUGUCCCAACUAUUCAUGACAAAGGCGUCAUUGUGCAGCCAGACUUCAGUGGUUCUUUCUCCUAUGGAGCUCUGGUCAACAAUGAUGGAGUGGCUCCUGCUACUCUACCACCCAACCUGGAACAACAACCAGGCAGCUCCACAUCCACUGAUGCAUCUCAUGGCCUGCCUGACCUAAAGAAAGAUUAAAACCAAGUAUUUCUAUUGUUUUACCUUUACUCCAUUCAACUAUAAACAACAUUUAAGGACCUUGAAAGGCCAAGGUUUGUAUGUUCAGUUCUUUUCACAUAUACACAAAACCAACCUUCAGCCCAGUAGGGGUUGUCCACUGGGUGUUUUUAGAUGUUCUCCCCACAUGCUUUCCUUUCUGAAAUCUCUAAACCAAAAUGUGACCUUGAGAAGCAUUCCUUUUUUUUGGGAAGAUGUCAGCUGUAUUAAUUCCAAAAAUGAACGCAAGAAACCUGAAGUCGCUGGAUUUUGUGGUGGAUUCACAAACAUGGCUUCAGAAAUGUGACAGCAGAGACAGUGUUGUGCCUUGAAGCUUAACUGCCUGUUCUCUGUGUUAGCUUUGAGAUGUAAGGACUCACUUUCAUGACUGUUAAGCAAUUUUGUUCCCAUUCACUCAUUAAUGGGAACAUACAGUGAUCUGUUCUUCCAUCAAGUUACUCAUCAAAUCCAGGUUGUUACCAACAAUGUUAUAUAAUGUAGCUGCAGACUUUUUCAGAGAACUUGCCAAUGAACAUUUUGACUUUCAAUAUCUGUCUUAUAUGAGCGGGUUUCACUCAGUUUUCUGCCUCUUGUUCUUGGAAUUUCAUUGUAUUACUGCUUUUCCUGAUGACCAAAAAUAUGUUCAAUUGUCCUAAUUUAUUGUAAUGUAUUUAUUAAUUUUCAAGUUUGCUUUUAGUGUGCCUUAAAAAGUAGCCGUACACUGGAUAAAUUAAGGCAAUACAUAACUCAGGUAGGUGAGUAAAGCAUCACUGUAGCAGUUAUAAAAAGGCAACUGUAAUCUGUCAGUGCCUAUUGGAAUAAAAAUCUGAAACCUUUGAAAAGAAAGAUGAUAACACUUUGGAUGACUCAAAUAGAAGGGAAUUGAAUCACGCUUGCAUCUUGAAAUUACUGAUAAACUGUAAAACUAGUUAAAUGUGUACUGUAAGUAUAAAAAAGUAAUUACUAUAGAAAGUCUAAAUUUUGUUUUUGCCCAAAUAACUUAAAUACUCUUCAUUUUACUUUCUGUUUCUAAUGACAAACACAUCAAGAAAUAAAUCCGAAAGUAUGUAGUAAAUGUUGCUAAAUUGUUGCUAAAUGUUUUUGUAGUACAAUGUUUUUCAAAUGUCACCUUCCUGUCAAAUUUUUACAGGCUGAAAGAUAAUGCAGCAAUAAGCUAAAUGUCUAUUAAGCGAUCUAUGAUUAAAUACUCUAUAAUAAAUGAAUGGCUGCAUAAAUUGGAUACACUCCACCUCAACAUGUGUGGCAAUGCAUUUCUACAGUGUUAAUAAAACAGAAAGCCUUUCCACUGUAUUCAGUACAUAGUUAUUUUAGUUAAAUGGCCUGUGGUUUGUUGUGUGUGUAUAAGCUCAACAUUAGCAUCACUGUGUAAACCAACUGAAGCUUGUCUUGUUAUUAAAACUGCCUUCUAAUGAAACCAGAA